UGCGCGUUUAGAAAGAGGUGCAAAUAAUGAUGGGAAUUUCACCAAAAUUGCAGAGACCAAUUUGUAAAAGAGAAGACUUUUUUGUUUGUUUAAUGGGAUAAUGAAAAUAAGAAUGUUCUUUUUUUUUCUUACGAAAACAUGAAAUAGUCGCUUUCUUAACCCUGCACGAGAAACAGAGGUAGACUGAAUUUACAGCACCAGGUUGGUGGAAUGAGGUGCUGCUCGUUUAUACUAGCGUCACAGGGACGACUUGUUUUCAAUACACAUUGGACAACUGAAAUUAGUCUAGCUAAUGAUAUACUGUAUAAUGAGCAGCUUAACAAAAUAACUAUAUUAACAUUCGCAGCAAGUAUGUAUAUAUAUUAACAAUAAGGAAAGUUUACUUAAUUUAUAUUUUGUAACUGAAGUUAACAAGAAGUGGAGAUAUGGAGCAAUUUGACACAACCUGAGGAUUGCCAGACUGAAGACUGUAAACACUUCCAGACUGACGCAAGCCAACACAAAGUGACCAUUGUUUAUUUCUUAUAUGCAAGUAACAGUUUCUUCCUAUUAAUAUGACAGCGAGAAGAACCCGUGACUAUGCUGGACGCCACGGAUUUACAUACUAGGCCUACUGCGACGUGUGGUGAUGCAUGUUUGGUAAUAGCCAAAACGGUGAUUGACAUUAACAGAAUUCAGUAUAUUUAACACUUUGCGUAUUUACUACAGGAGUUAAAAGUUAUCAAGUGUGACAGUUUUUCUGACAUUAUUUACGACAAUGGAGACAGGAACCCAAAACCACUCUCAAAACUUCACUAACCCCAGCCCCCCCGGAAUCUGCCCGGAGAUGCUAGAGGUAGCCCGAGAGGCAUUCCGGGCCGGCGAUUACUCUCUAGCAGCCGAAAUUUAUGGCUCACAACUGGCAGAUCUUCAACAUCCCGAUCGGGGUCUGUGCCUCCGAAAAGGCGACGCACUGGCUAGGGCUGGUCGGAUUAGAGAGGCCCUUGACUUGUACUGCACCGCCGCCAAUCUUAGCAGACUGCGGCCGGAGGAACUCCAGUUGCUGGUGGAGAGUAUUGCUGACAGUCUCCGGGAAAAAGAAUUGAAAUUGUCGAGCCUGGAGCGGAAGACAACCUACGGAAACCAAAACAAUGGGAAAAGUGGUGAAACAAGCGAUUAUGCUACCAAAAGUAAAUGUUCUGGCAACGGCGACAUAGAAAAGUUUGGAGAUAUGGACGAAAGUGAAGAAUCUCUGGACCUGUUUGCGUGUGGGUUGUGUAAAAGCUUACUGUCAGACCCCACAACGCUACAGUGUGGACACACAUUCUGCAAACGCUGCCUGGAAAACGAGCGUGUCACAGAGUGCGAAACAUGCAAAUAUAAACUAAAUAAAAAGAACGGCCAACUUUACCCCAUUGGAUUUAGAGUGAAUGUAGUUCUUGGAAAUUUGUUGGAUAAAUGGUACGAGACCGAGAGCAAGGCCAGAAAAUUAUAUUUGGAAGGCGAGUCCCUCUAUAAAAAGCAAGAAUUCGGGGCUGCUUUGGAGAUGUAUAAUACUGCUAUACAACUAGCUCCUUUUGACUAUAUCCUGAUGGGAAAACGUGCCAAACUCCACACAGCUAUGAACAAUUACGCCCAAGCUGUUCAAGACGGGGACAGCUCUUGCAGAUUAAGACCUCUAUGGCCCAAGGCACACUAUUUGAAGGCUGUUGCACUAACCAAGGUUGGCAGAAAUGAGGAGGCAUUGAAAGAGUUUCUUUUCUGUGUGGCUUUAAGGCCUGAGUGGAGCUCAGUAAAACUCGAAGCACAAAAGAUCCUGUGUGAAAUGUUUUCAUCUGCGUUUGAGAACAACAGCUUUCCAUCUCCUCUUCGACCUCAGUCAUCGUACACGCAGCUCAAACCCUCCCUUCUUAACUCCAUCAACUUGUCGCUUACAGAUGAGAGGCUAAGUGAUGGGUGUUCAAAAGACUCCCUAUUCAAAGUCUCCAAAACCUCACCUUGCGAUAGUAGUGUGUUUACCACUGUUGAGUCUGUGAAGACUCCACACUCUUUGAAUAAACUUGACUUUCCCUUUGAGGACACAAAGACUCUGGGGUCAGUGCUGUCCAGUCUUCCAGGCUCGAGCCUCAAGAGGAGAUGCCACAGUGACUCUGGGUCAUCUCAGGGCUUUGAACUCCCCUGCAAAAUUCUUAAACAAGAUGGGGAGUGUUUACCUCAGAAAACUGCAGUCUGUAAAGGGUCUCGGGAAGUCCCCAUUCAUCUGGUUGACUCCUCUGAUCUGGAAUGCUCUCUCUGCAUGAGGUUGUUUUAUGAACCAGUCACCACUCCAUGCGGACACACCUUCUGUCUAAAAUGUCUUGAGCGAUGCCUUGACCACAACCCCAGCUGUCCACUCUGUAAAGAGGACCUUUCAUUGUAUCUGGCCACCAAAAUGUACAACAAGACUUUUGUAACAGAAGAAGUGAUCAUUCGCUACCUAUCGGAGGAGCUGGCUGAAAGGAAAACAGUCUAUGAGGAGGAGAUGAAGGAACUGUCCAACUUGAAUAAGGAAGUGCCCAUUUUUGUAUGCACCAUGGCGUUUCCGACUAUCUCGUGCCCUCUACAUGUUUUUGAACCGCGUUACCGCCUCAUGAUCCGAAGAUGUAUGGAAACUGGCACCAAGCAAUUUGGGAUGUGCAUAGCGGAUGAGCGCAAAGGGUUUGCUGACUAUGGCUGUAUGCUGGAAGUUCGAAAUGUCAAGUUCUUUCCAGAUGGCCGGUCAGUUGUGGACACUAUUGGAGUGUCCCGGUUUAAAGUCCUUAGCCAUAGCCAAAGAGAUGGAUAUAACACUGCCAAUGUAGAAUACCUGGAAGACAAAAAGACGGAGGGAGAGGAGUAUGCUGAGCUGGUACGUCUUCACAACUCUGUUUAUGAUCAGGCUGUUGCAUGGUUUACGUCUCUGAAAGACAACAUGAAGAGUCAGAUUCUUAGCCACUUCGGAUCAAUGCCUGGAAAGGAGUCAGACCCACAAGCCAGUCCCAAUGGACCUGCCUGGUGCUGGUGGUUAUUAGCAGUACUUCCAUUAGAGAACCGAGCCCAGCUGACCAUACUGGCCAUGACAUGCCUGAAAGAACGACUGAUUGCCAUAAGACGUGUGUUAAUUUUUGUCACCCGCAAAAGAUCUUCAUGAUGAUGAUGCACACUGAAGUUCAAAUAGUUGGAAUAUUAGAUCUGAUCCAAAAAUAGAUACAUGAAUAAUUCAGUAGCUUUAUUUCUUGGCAUUUAUAGUUCAACUUGUGCCUGAUGGUCACCUUAACAGAUCCGAGUCCAUUGUCCUGUUUAUUUAUAAUUCAGAAGAACAGAAAAAAUUGUUUUGUUGAGUGAUCCUUCGCCUAGGAUUCAGACUGACUUGAAGCACUAGAGCACCUUAAGUGACCUACCUUGGCGUACAGAUGUUUGUGUGUAUGUGUGUAUGUGUGAGUGAGUGAGCUGCUCAUGGGUGAUGUGUACCUGUAAAAAAGUUUGAAGUUUAACACUGAAGAGCAAUACAAAAUAGAGGAUGUCCACCUUUCUUUCAGAAGCUGCUGUUUCUUACCUCGUCUAAUGAAAUACACACAACGUGAACUUCCCGGUCUCCAUGUCACUUGGGUCAAGAGACAGAGCCAGAUCUCUUUCCCAGAGUUACUUUUUAUAGUCCUCCAUUGGCACCAAAUACAUUCUCCUUCAUAAAUCCCCCACCUCAUAUCCACAUCAAGUUGUCCAACUUUCUUGUGGGUUGCACUUUGUUAUUUUUGUUUGAAAAAAAAAGUAUAGGGUUAGUUUUUUUUCUCUUCCCCUUUACUCCAUUUUGUGCUUCUGUGCCUUCCAUCUGUUCUAAGUGUGGUUCCCCACUUUCUCCAACACAAAUUUAUGUUUAAUGUUUGUAGACAUGUCAGUCACUCCUACUCUCAAGGAAGUUCGUUCCCCUUUGGUGGUUCACCAUUGUGAUAAAAGUCCUUCUACACCCUCUACAUCUAAAAGAGCAGGGAGCCCCAGAGAACAGCUGGGUUCUGGGGUUUCCCCUCCAAUCAAAAGAAAUAGAAAAUCUACACACUCCUGCAGCAGCAGGGAGAGAGACAUAUCGACGAAAUCAGCCACCGCCAUUAUGGAAGCUAAAGCAGCCAGAGUUCAACCAUUCCCUUUACAGCUACCAAUGCCUAAAGAUCUUUUUUUUUCAAUGGUUAACUCUUUGUGGUCCUAUGUCGGACCAGGUCUGACAUUAUAAUUUUCCCUU